UUCACCAUAGUUAUAGAUGAAACCUCAGAAAAAACACUCGGCAGCCCUCCACACGUGUCAUCCGUGCCGGCGGACUAUUCCGUACAGAAUAUACGCCGUAAUUCACACGUGUGGUAUCAUAUCCCUCAUGUACCACCAUGCACACUCACUUGCCACAACAGACACAACACUAACAACAUCUCUUCUUCUCAUCUCUGACGUCGUUCUCGCCUUCAUGUGGGCCACCACAACGUGCCUCCGGUUCAACCCGGUUCACCGGACCGAGUACCCUAAGAGAUAUGCAACUAAACCGAAGGAAGACUUUCCAAAGCUGGACGUGUUUAUAUGCACGGCUGAUCCAUACAAGGAGCCUCCGAUGAUGGUAGUGAACACUGCUUUAUCAGUGAUGGCAUACGACUAUCCGUCCGAUAAGAUAUCGGUCUACGUGUCGGAUGAUGGAGGCUCGUCGUUGACUUUGUUUGCUUUGAUGGAGGCUGCCAAGUUCUCUGAGCAUUGGUUGCCUUUUUGCAAGAAGAAUAAUGUUCAAGAUCGAUCCCCUGAAGUUUAUUACUCAUCAAAUUCACAACAUUGGACAAAUGAAGCUAAGAAUCUAAAGGUGCACAUACAAAAUAAUCUUUAUACGUUGAAACAGACGAUGUAUGAAGAUAUGAAGAAGAGAGUAGAACAUGUUGUGAAUAGUGGCAAAGUUGAUAAUCGGCAUGACCAUCCUACUUUUAUUAAGGUGCUACAAAGUGACGAGACAGAGAUAAUGCCGAACCUAAUCUAUGUAUCAAGAGAGAAGAACAGAGCUACACCACAUCAUUUCAAAGCCGGUGCUCUUAAUACCUUGUUACGAGUAUCUUCGGUGAUGACAAACUCACCAGUAAUUCUAACGCUAGACUGUGACAUGUACUCAAACAAUCCAAGAACUCCGCUUCAUGCUCUAUGCUACUUGUCAGACCCUAAACUCAAUUCUAGUUUAGGAUUUGUGCAGUUUCCUCAGACGUUUCAUGGAGUAAACAAAAACGAUAUCUAUGCAUCCGAGCUCAGAAGCUCCUUUGUCAUCAAUAUGGUUGGGUUUGAUGGGCUUAUGGGCCCAACGUACGCGGGUACUGGGUGUUUCUUCAAUCGACGGGCUUUUUAUGGACCUCCGACUAGUUUGAUUUUACCUGAGGUUGAUGAGCUUGGACCAAAUUGGGCUGCUGAUAAGCCUAUUAAGGCCCAAGAUGUUUUGGCAUUGGCGCACGAUGUAGCUUCAUGUAACUACGAGCUAAACUCCAAUUGGGGAUCCAAGAUUGGAUUUAGGUAUGGAUCUUUAGUAGAAGACUACUAUACAGGAUAUAAACUCCAUUGUGAAGGGUGGAGAUCAGUCUUUUGCAGCCCUCGCAAAAUAGCAUUUUAUGGAGAUUCUCCAAAAUGCCUAAUUGAUGUAGUAAGCCAACAAAAAAGAUGGACUAUUGGACUUCUUGAAGUUGCCUUCUCGAGGUGUAGCCCUAUCUGGUAUGGGGUCAGAUCAACCGGCUUAUUAACGGGCAUAGGCUAUUGUCAGUAUGCAUUUUGGGCGUUUUGGUCAAUUCCUCUUGUCAUCUAUGGAUUCUUGCCCCAAGUGGCCCUCAUAUAUGGAGUUAGCGUCUUUCCCAAGUCAUCGGAUCCUUGGUUUUGGCUUUACAUCUUCUUGUUCCUCGGUGCAUAUGGGCAAGAUCUAGUAGAUUUUGUAUUAGAAGGAGGAAAUUGUCACGGCUGGUGGAAUGAUCAAAGGAUGUGGUUGAUUAGAGGAUUAUCUUCAUUCAUCUUUGGUUUCAUAGAGUUCACCCUUAAAAUUCUAAACCUUUCUACACAUGGAUUCAACCUCACUAGCAAGGUCAAUGAUGAUGACAAACAGAUUAAAAGAUACGAGCAAGAGAUGUUUGAUUUUGGGGGCCCUUCGACUAUGUUCAUCCCUAUCACUAUGGUGGCGAUCAUCAAUCUGUUUGCCCUAGUCUAUGGGAUGUAUGGUAUAUUUGUUUGCAGUGAAAGACUCGGGCUUGAGUUGAUGUUGGUAAGCUUUGCGGUGGUGAAUAGCUGGCCGAUAUAUAUGGCUAUGGUACUUAGAGAAGAUGAUGGAAAAUUACCAAAAUUUGUUUGUAUACUAGCUGAUCUUCGCUUGUUUUGUUAUUGUGUCAGGUUUCUUCUUCCUCAAGUAACUAUACCUAUUAGGGGUUUGUAGUUUCACAAUGUAUGGAUUGUGGUAAACUAGAAGCAA